UUUUGAGAGUCAAUUGAGAAAAGUAAAUUUGAAAAUUUCAGAUAAAACCUCGAAAUACCAAAAGCACGAAGCUUACAGUGCUGCAUAUUACUUUAAAUGUUCUUAUGAUGAUUCAAUAUCAUUUUUCAAAAGUUAUCGUGGUCUAGAUUGUAUUGAUUGGUUCGUGGAGGAAAUAUCUAAUUUAUCAAAAUUUGUUCGUUCAAAAUUUAAGGAUAUUAUACCAAUGGAUAGUGAAAUUAGUCUAGAUCAAAGGUCGAGUCAUUGUCAUAUUUGUGAAAAACCUUUUUUAAAAGAAGAUGUUAUUGUUCGUGACCAUGAUCAUUUUACUGGUAAAUUUAGAGGUUUUGCCCAUCAGGCUUGUAAUUUAAAUUUUAAAAAAAUAUUUGUAGUGCCCGUAGUAUUCCAGAACCUUUCUGGAUACGAUAGCCACUUCCUGCUUCCGGUUUUAGCAAAAAAAAGCUAUGUAUCCAUAGUUCCGGUUAAUAAGGAAAAAUACAUCUCUUUUACAUAUUUCGAACCUGAUUAUAACAUAAAAUUUAGAUUUAUAGAUUCGUUUAGAUUUUUGGGAGCAUCUCUGGAUAAUUUAGUUUCCAGUAUGGAUAAAAAUGAACUAUAUAUUUUAAGAAAAGAAUUUUCCGAUCUCGACGAAUCAAAAUUAAAUUUACUGUCGCAAAAAGGUAUUUUUUGUUACGAUUACAUCGACCAUAUAGACAAAUUAAAUGAAACAACUUUACCCCCGAUUGAAGAAUUCUAUAAUAAAUUAAGUGAAAGCAAUAUUAGUGAAGAAAAAUAUUCCCACGCACAAAGUGUUUGGCAGUCGUUUGAAAUAAAAAAUUUAGGCGAGUAUUCAGAUUUGUAUUUAAAAACCGACGUUAUUCUUCUGGCAGAUAUAUUCGAAAAUUUUCGAAAAACUUGUAUGGCAACACACGUUUUGGAUCCGGCGUGGUAUUUCAGUAUGCCCGGGUAUACAUGGGAUUGCAUGCUUAGAUUCACAAAAUGUCGUUUAGAACUUUUGCGCGACAUUGACCAAAUUAUGUUUAUCGAGCGGGCUAUACGAGGUGGAAUUUCGGUGUGUGUUGGUAGAUAUGCGGAGGCCAACAAUAAAUAUAUGCCCAACUACGAUUCAUCCAGGGAUGAUUCCUAUAUCAUGUACUUUGACGUCAAUAACCUCUAUGGCAAGGCCAUGUGCGAGCCUCUUCCUUACGGAGGAUUCGACUGGAUGUCUCAUCAAGAGAUUGAUUCAUUUAAUGUCAUGAACAUUCCAGAUGAAUCUUCCCAAGGAUAUAUCCUAGAGGUAGACCUGGAAUACCCGCAGAAAUUACAUGACACACAUAGAGAUUUUCCAUUUUGUGCCGAACAUCGAGUGCCCCCCAAUUCAAAGUUACCAAAACUAAUGACUACUUUGUAUAAUAAAGAAAAAUACGUCAUACACUAUCGCAAUUUAAAACAGGCUCUCAAAAACGGUCUCGUACUAAAGAAAAUUCACAAAAUAUUAAAAUUUAACCAAUCUCGUUGGUUGAAAUGUUAUAUCGAUCAUAAUAAUAAAUUAAGAACCCAAGCAAAGACAAAAUUUGGUAUAAAUUUAUACAAAUUGUUUAAUAAUGCCGCUUACGGUAAAACAAUGGAAAACAUUCGCAAGCAUCGUAUUGUUAAAUUUGUUAAAGCGUGGGAUGGUCGCUACGGUGCGAAAAAUUUAAUUUCUAGUCCUAGAUUUCACAGUAGAACCAUACUUGAUAACAAUUUGUUGCUUAUAGAAUUAAAAAAAUCGGAACUUUGCUUUAAUAAGCCACUUUAUAUUGGAAUGUCCAUAUUGGAUUUGUCGAAAACGACCAUGUACGAGUUUCAUUAUAAUUACAUGCUUCCAAAUUUGGGUCCCGAAAAAUGUAAAAUUCAAUACAUGGAUACGGACAGUUUCAUUUAUAAUAUCAAAUGUUAUGACGCAUAUGAAAGCGUUAUUAAGGCCGAUUUAACAAAAUUUGACACGUCUGAUUAUCCUAAUGACAAUCCCUAUAAUAUACCGCAAAUCAACAAAAAGGUUUUGGGGUUGAUGAAGGAUGAGACUAAUGGCACCAUCAUUAGUCAUUAUGCGGGGUUAAGGUCGAAAAUGUAUACUUUCAAAAUUUUAACGGGUUCGGUAGUUAAAAAGUCAAAGGGUAUUCAGUACAAUAUUGUAAAAAAUAAAAUUUCAUUUGAUGACUACGUAGAAUGCUUAACAAAUUUUAGGGAAAAGUACGCCACUCAACGAACCAUUCGUUCAUACACUCACAAUGUAUUUAGCAUCGAACAAACAAAAGUUGCCUUGAGUCCUUUAGACGAUAAACGUUAUCUUUUGCCGAAUUCAUAUGAAACGCUUCCGUGGGGACAUUAUAAAGUGCCGUAAUUAUUUUUUAAUAUAUUUUUGUUACAGAUUAUGGUCAAACAACUUACAUUAGAAAGCCUUUGUAUUAUAACAAUUUGCGAAAAUAUUAGGUGUAGUGCUGAUUUUUUGCUUGAGUCACCUUUGCCUUGGAAACUAACGAUACUAAUAUUUAAAUAUUAUUCGAAAUAUAGAUGGAAGUACCUUAAACAAUUAGCGCUCCAGUCUGAUGGUAAUUCUUUAUUAAAUUUAGAAUUCAUUCUGUUGAAUAAGACAUUUGGAUCGUCUUACAGAAAUAGCAUUUUGGCAACUCCAACCAUUGAUUUUGACGGAGAAUCCGCUUACUGUUUAUGGGUCAGUUAUUACAGGAUAAAAUAUUCGGAAAUUUUAGUUUACUUUUAUUGGAUCACUAUCAUUUACAGCUGGAUAUAAAUAAUUUGAAUGAUGUAUAUCACGAUAAACAAUUUUGGUGUCAAAGCUGCUUUGAAGAAGUUUUGUUCACUGUAGAAACUGAAGAUGAAUGUAAUUUAAUGCUUCACGAUGAGAGGAAAUAUGGAAAAAAGUUACGCUUUUCUGAUAGUCCAUUGAACUAUUAAUACUGUGGUUUUAUUAUAACAUAUGUAACUGUAGAUAAGACUUUUAUGUAUUGAUUGUAUUCCAUUGUA